AUGUCUUCUUUUAAAGACUGGAAUUGCCACUUCAAUUACAGGCACAUUCUGUUCUCAGAAAAUGUUCUCGAAAGUACAACCAUGAUUCAGCCGGUCUUGUUCAGCUAUUCAUUCAGCGGUCCUCCCGAGCCUGUUCUUCUUGACACAUCUUCAAUUCUGCCAGACAGAAUACUUCUUAUGGAUGAUUAUUUCCAUGUGUUGAUCUAUCAUGGACAGACGAUAGCCGCAUGGAAAAAGAUGAACUAUCAUGAAGAUCCACAAUACGCCACCUUCAAGCAAUUACUGGAAGCUCCAGUUAGCGACGCGACUGCUAUUCUACAAGAACGUUGGCCAAUGCCUCGAUAUAUCGUAACGGAGUACGAAGGAUCUCAAGCUCGUUUCCUGUUAUCGAAAGUUAAUCCUUCAUUGACGCACAAUAAUCCUUACGCGUCGGAAGGAGGAGCUCCAGUCUUUACAGACGAUGUUUCUUUACAAGUAUUUAUGGAGCAUCUCAAAAAGCUUGCAUCAUCUUCAUCUACGUAA